GUCAUUCUGCAAAAGCUGCUCAGAACAGGCUUUCCUCUGAAAAGCAGUGCAGUUCCUUUUUAUAAAGACUGAAUCUAAACGUUGUCUCUGGAGACAAGAAGCCUUCAGUAUGUUAAAUGACUUUAUUAUGUAUUUUCAGAUGCUUAUUGAUUCCACAGUAGGAAGAGUGAGAGACUGCAGCAGCCUCUAAGCAGCCUUACACGUUCCAUACAUUAGCAGUACUGCUGAAACAAUGGCACAGUACAGACACAUAUUUUCAUUAAGGUCAUUUCUGAAGAGGUGUUUAUAAUCCUCUUCCCCCAGUUCUCUACAAACAAGUGAACAAAAUGAAUCAAUCAAAACUGGAAAUGCUUCAACUACAUCAAGAAUUUAUCAAAUCCUUAGCAAAGGACCCAUAGCAGCUAAUUCAGUAUUUACAACCAUCAAUGUGAAGAUUGCAACUGACUGAGAAUCUCCCUAGCUCUCUGAACCACAAACUACAAGAUAUUUCUCCUAAGAAAUUAAGGAGUUAAAAUCAGGGAAUAGCUCUAUAUUACUGCUGGAAUAUAACAAAUCAACAGUAUCCUAAGAAGAUGCUACAAAUAAUAACUACAAAAGGAAACACAAUAUGAUUACAAAAGCCUGGGGUGAAAAAUGGUGAGCAUUUUUAAAGGGGAAGUUUAACACACCAGAAUCGUGGAAGCUAUGGAUUCCUGAAGAAACUAUGAAAUAUGAGUCUCAAAAAAGAGAAUGACUAAUUUCACCAACAAGCAAAAUGAACCUUAUGUUUUCUACACUAUUCAGCUAUUCGUAUCAAUUGAUGUGACUAAUGGAUUUUUCCAUCUGAGCUUUAUGACCAAUUAUGUAUCCUCUUCUAAUGAAAACAAACCAAAUUAAAUAGCACAUGGUUUUCAUCAAAACAACGUGGACUGGAUUUUAAUAUAAAGAAAUUAUGUGAUCAAGAAGUAAUUUCAAAACCAUGAGGACUGGUGUACAAAAAGAUUUACAAAUGUAACAAAAGGAUGUCUAAAUACAUUUUAGAAGCUAGAAAACUUACAUUUCCUUUUUUGUUUUCACAUAUUCUGGAAAAUAAAGGGACACUAUCAUAUAUUCCCUCAAAGGGAAAUUUCUAUCUUUUGAGGAAGUUUCUCUUGGUGGUGACUUUUUAAGGCAAAACAAACACAAAUAUUAUGUACUGUUCUUUAGAAAUCCAUCAGCUAACUAAAUUUCAUAAUUUAUGCAGUUGAAGUACUGGAGAGAAAAUGAAAGAAUUCCUACAAGACAUGAAAUAAAACACAGCUACUUCACUGCUGUCAGGGAAAAAGCCAACUGCUCCAAAAGAAUGUGUUUUUCUCCCAUUCUGGAAAUCAACAUGCAGUCUGAAUCUAACAUUACAGUGCGAGAUGACAUUGAUGACAUCAAUACCAAUAUGUACCAAGCAUUAUCAUAUCCACUAAGCUUUCAAGUGUCUCUCACAGGAUUUCUUAUGUUAGAAAUUGUGCUGGGACUUGGCAGCAACCUCACCGUAUUGGUACUUUACUGCAUGAAAUCCAACUUAAUCAACUCUGUCAGUAACAUUAUUACAAUGAAUCUUCAUGUACUUGAUGUAAUAAUUUGUGUGGGAUGUAUUCCUCUAACUAUAGUUAUCCUUCUGCUUUCACUGGAGAGUAACACAGCUCUCAUCUGCUGUUUCCAUGAGGCUUGUGUUUCUUUUGCAAGUGUCUCAACAGCAAUCAACGUUUUUGCUAUCACCUUGGACAGAUAUGACAUCUCUGUAAAACCUGCAAACCGAAUUCUGACGAUGGGCAGAGCUGUAAUGUUAAUGAUAUCCAUUUGGAUUUUUUCUUUUUUCUCAUUCUUAAUUCCCUUUAUGGAAGUAAAUUUUUUCAGUCUUCAAAGUGGAAAUACGUGGGAAAACAAGACACUUUUGUGUGUCAGUACAAAUGAAUACUACACUGAACUUGGAAUGUAUUAUCACCUUCUAGUACAGAUCCCAAUAUUCUUUUUCACAGUUAUAGUAAUGUUAAUCACAUAUACCAAGAUACUUCAGGCUCUUAAUAUUCGAAUAGGCACAAGAUUUUCAACAGGGCAGAAGAAGAAAGCAAGAAAGAAAAAGACGAUUUCUCUAACAACACAACAUGAGACAACAGACAUGUCACAAAGCAGUGGUGGGAGAAAUGUAGUCUUUGGUGUAAGAACUUCAGUUUCUGUAAUAAUUGCCCUCCGGCGAGCUGUGAAACGACACCGUGAACGGCGAGAAAGGCAGAAAAGAGUCUUCAGAAUGUCACUACUGAUUAUUUCUACAUUUCUUCUCUGUUGGACACCAAUUUCUGUUUUAAAUACCACUAUUUUAUGUUUAGGCCCAAGUGACCUUUUAGUAAAAUUAAGAUUGUGUUUUCUAGUCAUGGCUUAUGGAACUACUAUAUUUCAUCCUCUACUAUAUGCAUUCACUAGACAAAAAUUUCAAAAAGUCUUGAAAAGCAAAAUGAAAAAAAGAGUUGUUUCCAUUGUGGAAGCUGAUCCCAUGCCUAAUAAUGCUGUAAUACACAACUCUUGGAUAGAUCCUAAAAGAAAUAGAAAGAUUACAUAUGAAGAUAGUGAAAUAAGAGAGAAAUGCUUAGUACCUCAGGUUGUCACAGACUAGGGAAAAGUCUAAUAAUUUUCACCAAAUCCACAUUCAGAGGAGUUUUAGAUUUGAAUUGUAAAAAAAAAAAAAAAAAAAGAUCUUACUGCCAAAUAUAAGAAAAACCAUUUUAAGUAACGGUUAUGUUGUAAAUUUUCAAUGUGAAUGUCAAUUAGAUUAGCUCAUAUAUAAUCAAUUUCUUCAUUACUUAAUGUAUUUGUUGCAUGGCAGUUUGUUAAAGUAAAUAUCAUGUGUAUAUUUUGUCAAUAUUAUGUCCAUCAGAAGAUAUUCAUGUAAGUCAUAUUUUCUAAAGAAUAAAUACAUAGCCUUAAAAC